UGACACUGUGAAUCAGACUUCAUAAUGCCAUGAGUUGGCAGUACAGCAAGCUUGGCUAAUUCAUGACAUCACCAAACUUCUUGCACUACUUCUUGCACUAUUGUCAUUUGAUCACAUAGUAGUAAUAAACACUGCAUAUAUUUAAUAAUUUGAAUUUGAAAUGUUUUCAAGGAUAAUAAUAAAUAAUUUUAAUUUAUAAACCAAACAAUACAUAGUCUUAAGUAUUCACGCUAUAAAUCCACUAAUUUUAAUAGUUAAUACUAAGUAAUUUGCUACUAGCCAUGUAAGGUUAUAUCUAAAUUUAAAUACAUCUGGAAGUGAAAGGUUUGCUUGUUGGGGUCCACAUGGUGCAACUGGCAAGUGCACUGCACGGCAAGCAGAGGUUGCUGGUUCAAGCCCUGCCCCAGACCAGUUUUUUUCUUCCAGAUGAUUCUAAAUUAUUAUUUAAAAAUUAUAAUUAUUAAUUUAGAUAAGAGAUGGCACCUAACAUCUACCUCUAGUAGCAAAUUACUUAGUAUUAGGCUAUAAAUCUGCUAAUUUUAAUAAUUGAGUAUUUAAGAUGAUUGUUUGGCUAUACCUAUGUAUAUCUAUUUUUAAUUUAAUUUAUAAACAUCAUUUUGAUAAAAUUAAUUAUGUAUUACUUUUACUUAGGAUGAAGCAAAAAGGAGUUUAAUGAGAGCAUUAAUAACAGGACCAGAAGGAUCACCUUUUUCCAAUGGCUGUUUUCAGUUUGAUAUUUAUUUCCCUUCAAAAUAUCCUGUAAAACCACCUAAAGUUAAUUUCAGAACAACUGGGAAGAAAAAUGUCAGAUUUCAUCCAAAUUUACCUGUAAAUGGCAAAGUAAUUCACCCAUUACUGAACAAAGAAACACAAGAUGAAUUUUGGCAAGAGAACUGUUCUAUAUUACAGGUUUUAAUAGAAAUGCAGAAUUUAUUGAAGACAACAGAUCCAGUUUUUUUUGAAAAUUUACAUCAUGUGUUAAUUGGAACUCAUUUGGGAAAUUGGUUAACUACUACCUACAAUAAAAGUAUUUACUACUAUACAAUGAAAUAUGCAAUCCUGAAGCAGCUUCAUUUCCCACCACCUGGAUUUGAAGAGGUUGUAAAAGCACACUUCUACUUGAAGCGUAACAGAAUUAUAAAGGAUGUUGAAAAUUGGGCAAAAUUAGAUUUAUCUCUAACUUCAAUAGCAGACACAAUAAAAAAAGAAUUAAAAAUUUUACAACCACCUAAUGAAGAUGUUGCUCAAAUGGCUAUAGAAGUUUAAAUCUGCAAUUUUUCUAAUCUGUUUGAUGUGCCUUGAUUCCAGUAGGCAUAGAUAAAUUCUUCAAUUAUCAUUACAGUUCUUCAAUGUAAAAUAAUUCCAUUAUAAAUGUCUUGUUUCAGCAGUUCUGAGCUUAUCCAGAAGUUUAUUCACUUUCUCUUUAGCUGACAUGCAAAUGAUCAAUUUUCAUCUUUCUGUGAUACUCAUUAUUAGUCAUUUUCCUGUGAUCAUAAAUUAUAAUAAGAAAUUAAUUCCUCUGUAUUAAUAAAUCAUACAAAUAGUUUACAUCACACAUUUUAGUACAAAUAGUUGAAUGUUUAAGAGUUAAACAAGACGUGAUAUUCUAAAAGAAUACAUUAAUUUGUUGUUGUGAUUGGAAUAUGAUCACAGUAAUGCAAAGCCUGGAAUUUCUGUUUGAUUUACUAUAAUAAUAUU